AACCCCACCUAGAGAGAGAAACAGAGGAGAGAGAGAUUCCAAAAUUCCACUCUAGAGAGAGAGAGAGAGAGAGAGAGAGAGAGCGCUUCAUUCAUUUCUUUAUAUAUGUCGUCUGGUCGUCUCUUUCACGCGGAUAUUACAACAAAUUUCUACUCGCCGGGAAAGUUUCCCGUCGCCGGCGACUCCCCUUUUCUCCGACAACGUUCCCCAACAAAACCCACUUCAGAUUUUCGCGUCUUCCUCUGUAAAGUUGCAUGCUUUUCGAGUUCUCUGUCGAUUUGCUUUUUGGAAGCCAUGAAAGCUACGGCUUGAAGCUUUCUUUUUCUUUUGUCGGUUUUUUGUAGCUCUCUGCUUCCUUUUCUCUGCUUCCUUACAAUAGAACCCUUUUUGUCUUUCAAAGCUUGGAACCCUUUUUCAGUCCCCAACUCAGAUCACCGAAACUUCUCCUUGGAAACUGAACCAAAAUCUCUCAGAUUACCCAAUUAGCAAAAUUUUUCUCGGGAAAAUUUCAGUUUUUGGGCUCUUUUUCUAAUCUGGGCAUCCAAACAAUGCAAGACCCAUCAACGUUUCAGCCGAUUAAACCCCAAUUUCCCGAACAAGAGCAGCUGAAAUGCCCUCGCUGUGAUUCCACAAACACCAAAUUUUGCUAUUACAAUAACUAUAAUCUUUCUCAGCCCCGCCACUUCUGCAAGAACUGCCGCCGCUACUGGACCAAGGGCGGCGCUCUCCGGAACAUCCCCGUCGGCGGCGGCAGUCGGAAGAAUUCCAAGCGGGCCUCCGCCGUCGCCAAACGGCCGUCGUCUUCCUCGUCCUCGUCUUCUUCCACCUCCACGCCGAACCCGGGUUCGGAUCCUAACCCGACCCGGGUUUACAGCGGUGGGUUGGAUCCGGACCGGCGAAUGUUGGAUAUUCCGGGGAGCUUCAGUUCGCUGUUGGCGUCAAGUGGGCAAUUCGGGAAUCUUUUGGAGGGCGUGGAUCCGAAUCAGCCGGAGCUAAAAAUGGUGGAAUUGGGGGAAUUUGCAGAGAAUUUGAAUUCUGGGUCUGGCCGGAAAUCCGCGGCGGAGGCGCAGAGCACCGCCGCGCCGGGGAAUUACUUGGGUGUCCUUCAAAACGGCGAUUCGAGUUGUUGGAGCGGCGGCGGCGACGGCGGCAGUAAUGGGUGGCCUGAUCUUGCCAUUUACACACCAGGGCCAAGUUAUCAGUAGAACAGAGACGGCCACAGAAGAAAAAUCCGCCAUUUUUGCCGGAAUUAAGCUCCUGAUUGUGCUGAUUAUGAAAAAUUUUAUGUUAAUUUUUCUGGGUGCGUGAAGAAAUGGAAUUAGAAUCAUCAGCUCAGAGUAAGAAGAAGAAGAAGAAGGUGGCAGAGACACAUUACGGGACCACCUCAAACAUUAGACAUUCUAUAGGUAAAAAAAUUUCUUCUUGUUCUUUUGUGUGUGUGUGUGUGUUUUUUUUUUUUCUUUUUCAUUUUUAAUUUGAUGUGUUCUGAAUUUCUAUGAAUGAGAAGAAAAAGAGAGGCCCAUGAAUUGGAAUUUGUUGAUGUUUUUAAUGACUCAUUAUCAGAUAGAGCCAAAGCAUUAUUACAUUUUAUUUGGGUUCUUUUUCGGCUGUGGAGAAGUUGGGAUUUAUUUUGAUUUAGCUGUUUGUGGAUUUGAUGUGAUAAGAUAAUGUUGAAAUCUUUGGUCAUUUUGCUUGUU